AUGCGCUCCUCCUCGGGCCGGUUCGCGGCGAGGGACGAGAACCUCGGCGAGGUCUGCGUGCGGCUCGUGUUCGAGGCCCUCUCGAUCGUGCUCCCGAACCUGUACCUCCUCUCGGUCCUCGCGUCGCUCGAGCGCGGCAAAGACCACGUCAUGAGCGGCGCCCUCUCGCGCACGAUGAAGCACACCUCGAGCCUGAGCGACAUGUUCAAGGGCGUCCCGCUCGGCCCUCUGCGGCGCGCGACGCGCACGGACGCGGCGAGCGGCGAGCGGGCGCAGGGGACGCCGAUUGCGGAUUUAGGGCUCACGCUCCACCCGCAGACGUUCCAGCCUUCUCCCGCCGCCGACGACCACCACCACCACUCGCCGCCACCGCUGCACUCGCUCGCACCCCCUCCCGCCGGCUUCGCCACGAACGACGACCCGCUCGCCGCCCUCGCGCCGCCGCCGCCGCCGGGCCAGCGCCCGCUCACGGGCAUCUCGGUGUCGGACUAUGGCGCGUGGCUCGACGACGACGAGCGGGACGGCGCGCCGCACGUCGACUCGCGCGGGCGCCGCUCGUCGUCGUCGUCGUCGGCCUACGCAGGCCACGCGGCGGCGGCGGGGCCGGGCGAUGCGUGGGCGUCGGGCGUCGAGCAGGCGGCGGGGACACCGACGCCGAGGAAGAGCACGUUUGGGUUGGACGCGCACGAGCUGGAGGGGCGCGAGCGCGGCGCGGCAGGAGCAGGAGCAGGAGGGGGAGGGGCGGCGGCGGUGGCGCCGGUGCGGUACGGGUACUUGUAGCGCGGCGAGGUGCGGCGCAAGCGUCGUACGCAG